AUGUCUCCAAUGUCAGAGUACAGCGAUUUCACUCUGAUUAAACCCAGCAGCACCACAGACUUUAAGGAGGUGAUCAGUGUCCUGGAUGCUUCUUUGCCCGACAGCACCUGGACCUUUGAGAGCCAGCAGGCUGGUAAGCAGUAUUUCAGCGUGGAUGCGGGGAAGGGCGAGCUGGUGGUGAAUGACAGAAUAGACAGAGAGGCUUUAUGUGGACAAAGCGCCAGCUGUGUGUUGCCUCUUCAAGUAGUAAUAGAGAAUCCACUACAUCUAUAUCGUAUAGAAGUGGAAAUUAGAGACGUCAAUGACAAUGCACCGAAAUUCCUUAGCAAAGAAAAACAUUUGAAAAUUGCGGAGUUGACAGCGGUGGGUGCGCGCUACCCUUUGGAGACAGCGCAAGACCUCGAUGUGGGUAUUAAUUCCCUAAAAUCAUACAGUCUUAGCAAAGACGAAUGCUUUAGUUUAAAAAUUAAAGAACUUGCAAAUGGCAGAAAAGUACCGGAGCUUGUACUGGAAAAAACGCUUGACAGAGAAAAACAAGGUAUUCAUCAAUUACUGUUAACAGCAUUAGACGGAGGGAAUCCUGUCAAAACGGGAACAUCAAAGAUCACAGUGACCGUUCUAGACAAUAAUGACAAUGUUCCUGUUUUCAAAAAACCGUUAUAUAAAAUUACGGUGCCUGAAAGCAGUCAAAGUGGUUUAAUGCUCGCAAAGGUAGAAGCAACUGACCAAGACGAGGGUGUGAAUGGAGAAAUUGAAUAUUCGUUUGCUGACCAUACACCAGAGAUAUUGCGCUCUAUUUUUCAGAUCAACUCUGCAACAGGGGAAAUUUUCCUUAAAGGAAAAUUAGAUUAUGAAAACUUUGCAACUCACGAGUUAGAUAUUAGUGCAAAAGAUAAAGGAAUUCCUGAAAUGGAAGGUCACUGUCGCGUACAGGUGGAGGUAAUAGAUAUAAAUGAUAACGCUCCAGAAAUUGUUCUGACUUCAAAACCGAGCCCAGUACCAGAAGAUGCACCAAGUGGUACAGUAGUGGCUCUGCUUACAGCUCGAGACCUUGACUCCGGUGACAAUGGUAAAGUGACAUUAGGGCUCCCAAAGGGCUCUCCUUUUAAACUGAAACCCUCUUUUUCUGACAAUUACGCACUCGUUACUGGCCGUAAUUUAGACCGGGAGACAUUCUCGGAGUAUAAUAUCGAGAUUACAGCCACUGACUCAGGCUCACCCUCUCUAUCAUCUAAGAAGACUAUUAAUGUCACUAUCACUGAUGUAAACGACAACCCCCCUGUGUUCUCACAGCCCUCUUAUAAUGUGUAUUUAAAAGAGAAUGGAGUACCAGGCUCUAUCCUGAACAGCAGGAGCAGCAGCACGUGCUGCAUGAGACGGACCGACUCUGAUGAUUACAAGAACCCCAGCAGAAACCUGCAGAUUCAGCUCAACACUGAUGGACCUAUAAAGUACGUGGAGGUCCUGGGAGGAGACAUGCUGUCUCAGAGUCAGUCCUUCAGGUCCUGUAUGUCUCCAAUGUCAGAGUACAGCGAUUUCACUCUGAUUAAACCCAGCAGCACCACAGACUUUAAGGAGGUGAUCAGUGUUCUGGAUGCUUCUUUACCCGACAGCACCUGGACCUUUGAGAGCCAGCAGUUCCUUGCUUGA